CUGCUGUUGCCAGCCGAGUGUUUAUUUCUUCUUUUAAUUGUUGUUUUUGCCGAAAUUGUCCAUUAAAAUGGAUGUGCAGAAGAUUUGCCUGACCUGUUUGAGUCUAACAGGGCCGUUUCUAUCCAUUUACGAUGGCGGAUCAGGCAGCUGCCUGGCGGACAUGCUCAAACAGUUCACCAAAACGAAGCCGCGUCCCGAGGAUAAUCUGCCCAAACAGGUCUGCCUGGGGUGCCUGAGCGAGAUCAACCAUUGCUACACGUUCAAGAUCAAGUGCGAGAAUUCCAGUCGAACGCUUCGCCAGCUGCUGCCAAAUGCGCUGCCGGAGGAGCCCGAGUUCGGCGCCAAACCUGCAGUGCAAUCUGCCGAAAAGUCCGUUCAGACCACCCAGCCCUCUGGGCCAACAACAGCCACAGCUGAAGUGCAGACCACAGAGACGCACAACACAGAUGCCGCGCAAAAUACGAUCCUGGAAAAGUUUGAGGUGGUGCCUGAAGGGGAAGACGCGGAGGAAGAUGGCGAAGAGUGUGAGGAGUUUGACUACGAGCUGCCCGUAGAGGAGGCUGAAAAGGAGGAAACGGACUACAAGCACGAGCCCGAGAGCCAAAAGACAACAGAAUGUAGCAUUGCCAUAUUUGAGGCUGCCGAAAGUGACAGAGAGACGACUCCGGCGCCCAAAUUGCAGAUGAGGACACGCAAGAGUGCCGCCAAACUGUUGCUGCAGCAGCAGGAGCAGGUAAAGCAGUCACCCAAGCAGAAAAUAGAAGACACGAAGACACCAGAGCCAGAAGCACCUGCCAAGAGAACCUCCACACGCCGCCGCCCAGCCGAGAAACAAACAGAAGAAGCAACAGAAAUUGUGGUGCCUGUCCCAAAGUUGAUCAAACUGAGCAUCAGCCAUGGCGAAAUAAUGGAUCUAAAGUAUCAUUGUGAUCGCUGCAAUGCUGGCUUUGCCCUGGAGAAAUCCCUGAUCAUACAUCGCCGACAGAAGGGUUGCAUCAAUCGCAAUUAUCCGUGCAACGAGUGCGAUCGAGUGUUUGUCUCACCGGAGCAUCUCGCAGAGCACCAGGCAACGCAUGGCACAUACAACUGCCAGGAGUGCGGCUUGCUGUGCGACUCCAAGGAGAAGCUGGGCAAGCACAUGGUGCAGGGUCACAAGAGGAAUUUGCGUAAUCAGUGCAGCGUUUGUAAGAAGGUCUUUACCAUGCUGUCCACGCUGCGAGACCACAUGCGCAUCCAUACAGGGGAGAAGCCAUUUCUGUGCAACAUUUGCGGCAAGAGUUUCACACAGAAUGCCAAUCUGCGGCAGCACAAGCUUCGCCAUUCGGACAUUAAGAGAUUCAAGUGCGCCGAGUGCCCGCAUUCGUUUGUGACCAAAGCAGAGCUGACCUCACACGCCCGCACCCAUACGGGCGUCAAGCCGUUCGAGUGUGAGGUGUGUCAGUCCAAGUUCACGACAAGCUGCUCGCUGGCCAAGCACAAGCGCAAGCAUACGGGCGAGCGACCCUAUGCCUGUGACCUGUGUCCCAUGCGCUUCACGGCGCUGAAUGUGCUCAAGAAUCAUCGACGUACGCACACUGGGGAGCGACCCUACGUCUGCCCCUUCUGCUCGAAGACGUUUACGCAGCGCGGCGACUGUCAGAUGCAUCAGCGUACGCAUCAGGGCGACAAGAUCUACAUAUGUCCGGUGUGCAGCGAGGAGUUCAAGUCAAUGCCAGAGAUGCGCACACACUUGGCCAUACACGAGCCGGAGGAAAAGCGCCUGAUGCACUUUACGCUGCUCAGCAACAAGGAGAAUGGCAAUGGGGCUGCUGCCGCCCUAGACGAUGAGCUCACAGAGGUAACAGAUUCAACAUUGAUGCUGUAGGCCAGCAUCGAACUAGCAGUAAGAUCCACACCGAUCACACCAUAUCCACAAUUAGAUAUUUAAGUACAUCUGUCCACCGUCUCGUUUCGUACACUCACGUUUUUUCUUCCCUGUGGGAAUAAUUUAUGACAAAAAUGAUAGAAAUUUUGUAAGGAGCAUCUUUUAGUCUUAAAGCUAAGUGAAAAAUAAAGAGAAAGAAGGGGGAGGAGAAUCCUUAAACAUAAAA